AUGGCAGCAGCAAAUCGUUCAUCACUUUCCGCGGCGACCCAAGGAAAAGGAUCAACAAAGCCAGCCAACAUCUCGGAUUAUGAUUCCGUGAAGGAACCUAGCCGUCUUAUUUACUCUAAAAAUCGGAAACUUCAUGAUAUCAAAUCUCUGACCAUCAAAGUUAACGAUGAUCCUGAUGGUGCUGUGCCGGGCUUUUUGCAUAUUCCCGCCUCACGUCCGUCAAAACCAGAUUUUGCAGCCAUUUUAUUGUCUGGAGCAGGUGGUGGUGUGGUAGGGCCAUCAUCGAUAUAUAUGUCCAUCGCCGAGAAACUUUCAAGCUUGGAUACGGGAAUACCGGUUAUGCGUCUUGAUUAUCGGUAUCCGGCACGAAAUAAAUACUGUACCAGAGACGUCCUAGCUGCGAUGGAUUAUAUCGAAUCCAAUUACUCCAUCUCGAAGUUUGUCUUGGUUGGAUGGUCUUUUGGCGGUGCACCAGUCUUUGCGGUUGGUGGCAUGGACUCCAGAGUCAUUGCUUGUGCGACAGUGGCAAGCCAGACAGCAGAGACGGAAGGGAUCAGAAACCUUGCACCCCGACCAGUACUCUUGCUUCAUGGAAAAGCGGAUCGGACUUUGUCACCAAGUUGCUCACGGAAUCUGUAUGAGCUUUACGGUCCGAGAGGUGAUCGAAGGAUACAUAUUUUCGAUGGCGAUGAUCAUUCGUUGACAAGACAUGCUGCAAAGGCAGAGGAAAUGCUUUGUGAUUUCAUUGCGGAGGUUGGUGGAUUGAAGAUUAGCGAGACUGAUCAGGAAGAUGUUGUGAGGAAGGAGUUGGUUGAUGAUGGUGAGAGGGUGGAGUUGAUGAAGAAGGGUGGUGAUUUGAGGGGUGAGGAACGGGUGGAGUGA